GGAUGCAGACCCUGAAUUUGGACACAGCUUACAAUUCCCACAAAGCCUUAUCCCUUCAACACAGUAAUUGCACUCCUGUUAAUUGCACCAGGUGCCUUAACUUAUUAGUCAUUAUCCUCCUUAUAUUAACCAGUCCUUUUCUGUUUGUCUGCAUGGAGUCCUUUCCUUCCGUUACCCAGUUUCCUCGCCCUCCGAGUGUCCUGUUCCUUUUCCUGUUCCUUCCCUGUUUGUUGAUUUUUUGAUUGAAUUCGGGUUUUUGACCCUUGCUUGUUAAUUUACAAUUUGGAUUACCCUUAUUAAACCACACUGUGAUUGGAUCUUUCGUCUCCUGUAUUUCCCUGGGUCUCUGAUCGUCACAAACCUAAGCUCAUGAUUCUGUCACAAGUAACUCAAAAGUUUGACAUGUAGGUGGAAAACAAAUUUGAUCUCAGCUCUGUUUGAGCCCUUUGUGCAUUGUUAAAAAGACUUACUCUUGAAUGAGUUAUUAUUGUGUCACUGAAAUCAGCAGUCUGACUAAUGCUUGAGUGUAUUCACAGCAUGCUGCUCAAAGGUUGCCUAAUGCAACAAUCUCAGUCACAUGUUCGGUUUUGGUUUAAUUAGUGUAAUAUACAUUUUAUAGGUUAACCUGAUUUUUUUUCUUGGAACCUUAUAAAAAUGAAUCAUUUAUAGGUUACAAAGACUUAUGAAUUGUCAUACAUAGACUAUCAUGAUUCACAAGGUAAAAACCAAAGUUUAAUUUAAACAGUAGCUGUUAAUUGUAGAAUAAAACAUUUAAUAAACAUAUCUUCUUUUGGUUUUAUUAACUAAAAAAAAAAGAUAAAAAAAAGAAAGCUCAGGUCAUGAUCAUUCUUUUGAAUGUCUUGGAUAUAAAAUCCUUAAAUUCAUAAAAAAUGUAAGAGUGGCCUAUGUCAGGUAUCUUGUUCAGCAAUAUAGCAUUAUGAAAAUACUUAUUUGAUAAUACAACCUCCAAUGUGAGUCCAAAGGUUUAUUAUUUAUGUUUAUUUGCACUUUUAUGUGUCUAAAUUUGCAACUGUUAACCUUAUUUAGCAAUAUGCUGUUGGAAAAAGAGUGCCUUUUUUUCUUAUUUGUAUCUUAUUUGCCUGUAAUGCAAAUUAUGGCUGUGGCAUAUUAUCAGUAUGACAAGUCUUCACAUGUGGAGUCCAGUAACAGCUGACACAGCUUCAACAUGUGUCAGAGGAAACAGAAAACAAUGCUCAUGGAAGUUCCUCUAUCACAGAUGCCAAUAGAGAUGACCUACAAAACUUGGUGAGAAUGAAGAAGGAAGUGAGUGCUGGCGUGAAUUUUCUGAAAGGUUUGGUAGUGGAGCGUGGAGGUGUGGAUCAAAUUAAAGCCAAACUUUUCGCUGCUAAUUUACAAGAGCUUCUGCUUAAAAAGUUCACUGGCCACUGGUACCCAGACAAUCCUUGCAAAGGACAGGCAUACAGAUGCAUCAGAAUAAAUGACAAAAUUCCUUGUGAUGAAUCGGUAUCACAAGCGUGCGUGGAGAGCGGCUUAAAGCCAAGCGAGUUAGGUUUUCCUCGGGAGAUCACGAUCUGGAUCGAUCCAUCGGAGGUGUGUGUGCGUUCUGGAGAGAAUGGCAGAUAUUUUACAGUCGCUCAGUUUACUAAAGUGGAGGAUGAGGAAAGGGACUUUAAUCAGGGUGAUACUUUUAGCCAAGCGGAUUCUGUGAAUCUGGAUACAUCGGACUACCACUCAGCGACCUCAUCUGACUGCGGCUCAGCAGUCUCAAGUGAUACAGAAGAGGAGGUGAAAGAGAACCAAACAAAAAAAGCAGAGGAGAGAAAAGUGAAGAAUACAGUUCAUACAGCAAGAUCUAAAGCAAGGGAAUCUAAAGGGCCAUGCAAGUUUACUCCAGCUCAGAUCCCUGGCCCGCAGUACUUUUAUAACCCUGCACCGAUGUGGCCCCAUCACAAGAAGAAGAGAGGCAUGUUCUUCACGACUGUAUGUGCACCGGCACCUUCUCCGCUGUUUGCUUACUACGUCAUUCCCAAAGCCCCUCCUCAGUUCAUUGUGCCUCACGCUACCCUCCAAACCUGGGGGACAGUGAAAGGGUAACCUAAACCAGUCUAUCUGUAAUGUAAGACGCAUCUUGCAGGGAACUUUAUAGCAUAUUGGAAUGAAAUUUUAAACUUGAAAUAUAGUGUCAAGCAUGCCAACUAUUUAACUUUUUAUUUUUUUUUUACUGAUUUUGGGCUUAUUAAUUCAAAUGAACUUUAAGCUUUUCGUUUGACCUAUUCUGCCAUUAUUUAUUUUUUCUUUGGGUUUUAGCUUUAGGUUUUUAUGCGCUUAAAAUGGUCAGUCAGUAUAUUUAAACUUCUCUUGCACAAAACACUGGCUCUGUUUUUACUUGAUCACAAACUGUACAGGCAUUAUUUCUCAACUUUGCCAAAAAUGGAUUACCACAUACUUGAAAUUUUUUCAGUCAUAGAUAUGGAAAUGAAAACUUUUCCAGUAGCUUCUGUUGGGAUUGUUUUAAUGUUUUAGUAACUUUUUAUUCAUAGAAUACUUGAGUUAUAUUUAUUGGAGUAGUUGUUUUGAGUGAAUUUAGUUAUUAUAUGGAUGCACAUUCCCAAAUAUAACCAGCAGUUCAGCUCAGGUGUAAUAGUUUAAUUACCUCUAAAACAACAAGCAUCCUAUACCUUUUCUAUUAAAAAUAAUCUCAUAUAGGCUAUUGAAGUUCCUGACUAAUGGGAAUUCACUUUUAAGAAUAAUCAUAUCUGCUCAAGAUGUAGAGAGGACUGCAUUAAAUGAUGAUAAUUGUACUGUAUAUUUUUCCAAUACCACUAGGUGGCAGUACACAUUGCCUCAAGACAAUUUCAUUACAAGCCAUAUUUCCACAUUUCAUUAUCUUGAUAUUUUGAUUGUACAUAACGGAUUUUCUUCUUGUAGUAUUUGUUUUGUAAACACUGCAUGUAAAAGUGUACAGUGUCAUCUCACAAUCGCUGCCAUGUGUACCAGCAGAAAUGUUUUAAUAACCUGCCUUUUUAGAUUUUACCUUUGCUAUAUCAUUAUUAUUAUAUAAAUUAAUUGUGUGUGGUUUUGUAUGUUAUACGUGUGACCUAUGCUUUAUUUACAAAUUUUGCCUUUUUUUUGUCUUCAAAUUCAUGUGUCCUUUCUUCCCCUGUAAUCUUUCAAAUCAGUUUUGCUGUUAUGCAUUCACUGUAAAUAUUGUUUCUCCUUUAGCAAAAAAGUAAUGAGCUAUGUCCAAAGGAUGUUACAAAUAUAUAUUUUAUUACUAAAACAGUAA